CCCACCCAUCCCUCUCCUCUCCGCUUACAAAAGUCUCCUCUCAUUCUCUGCUGCUCCUCAUUUUCCCUCAGAACAAACCUCCCUCCCUAUACUUGCUCUCAAACAACCUCCCUUUGGGCGAAAAGCUCCCUGAAUUUUCAGAAAAAGAUUAGAUGGGUAUUGAUGAUUUCUGCCAAACGGGCCUGGUUUUAGGGUUGGGGCUUUCAUCGCCGUCGUCUUCGGCGGCGGCCGGUGAUCAGAAGUCCAAGAAGCCGGCGGCAGCCCGGAAAACGACUGAGCCCUCACUGACUCUGAGCCUCUCCGGGGAAACCUUUGAUCAGGUUCGUCCUGUGAGGAAGGUGGAUUUUGAUUAUAAUAAGGUUAGUUGUACUGACCGGCAGUCCGCUGAUUUGUACGGUCAGGACAGUGGCGCCUCGUCUUUCUCCAACGUUAGUGUGAAGAGGGAGAGAGAGACUGGCGGUGAAGAGGUGGAGAUAGAGAGGGUUUCGUCGCGGGCUAGCGAUGAAGAUGAUGAUGGAUCCAACGGUAGGAAGAAACUUAGGCUCACUAAAGCGCAGUCUGCUCUUUUGGAGGAGAGCUUCAAGCACCACAGCACUCUCAAUCCUAAACAAAAGCAAGAAUUGGCAAGAGAGUUGAAGCUUAGGCCCCGACAGGUUGAAGUUUGGUUCCAGAACAGAAGGGCCAGAACCAAGCUGAAGCAAACAGAAGUGGACUGUGAGUUCUUGAAGAAAUGCUGCGAAACCCUGACGGACGAGAACCGGCGGCUGCAGAAGGAGUUGCAGGAGCUAAAGGCGCUGAAACUAGCGCAGACGCCGCUCUACAUGCAGCUGCCGGCGGCCACCCUUACCAUGUGCCCAUCCUGUGAGAGGAUCGGGGCUGAGAACGCCGCCAAGAGCACCUUCAAUAUGGCGCCGAAGCCGCACUUCUACAGUCCCUUCACCAACCCAUCAGCGGCUUGUUGAAUCGGCUUUAAUUCUACUUAGAAAACUAAUAUAUAUAUAUAUAUAUAUAUAUAUAUGGAGGCAUGCAUCAUCAUCCCACAACCCUGAUUUUUGAUUCGGUUAAGGGCCUGUAGUAAAAAAAAAAGGAUAAGUGCAGCUAAUUUAGAGAAAGUAGGUAUUAUUUACUAAUCAUGAUCUUUAUUUUUGGGUUUUUAUUUUUAUUUUUUUAUGUGAAAUGAAUGUAAAUCAUUAAUUAUGAAUUAUAUAUAUAUAGUGAGGAAAUUAUAUAUUGUU